AUGAUCUCUUCUGUUACUCGCCAGCUAGUGAGAUCUGGCCCUAGACUCUUCCUGAGACACCAAUCCAAUGUGUUGAACACAAGCUCAGUCGUCUUCAACCAUUCCAAGGGCCCGGUCACUUUAAAGUUCACCGACCAACACGAGUGGAUAUCCCACCACCCAGACGGUGUCACCUACGUGGGUAUCACCAAAUAUGCUUCCGAUGCACUGGGAGACACCACAUUUAUCGAGCUUCCCCACGAUUCCGUGGGAGAACAAGUCGCCAAGGGAGACGUGAUCGGCUCAGUGGAAAGUGUCAAGUCUGCCUCAGAGGUGUACUCACCUGUUGACGGCGAGGUUUUGGAAGUCAACACUGCGCUAGAAGAGAGUCCGGAACUUGUCAACAAAGACCCAAUGGGUGAUGGGUGGAUUGUGAAGAUCAAGGUUGAGGAGCUGGGACCUGACCUCUUAUCUGAGGAGGAUUAUGUCAAGUUAUUGCAAGAAGACUAG